AUGUCUUCUCUUCAUCUCGAAUUAAAAGAUGACGAUCCAUGGUUUAUCGAAGAAAGAAUCUUCAAGAUCCUGCUAGACUACCUACAAAAUCCCACGACAUCCUCCGCAACCACAGCCCAAGCGCUAGAUCGACUGUUUCCUGCGAACCGACCUGACGAGGAUCAACCUGCAGGCGAGCCCCGCGAGGACCCAGGAAGUUUUCUCUGGCACUUCUGGGGCGUGGUUCAUAAUGUGGCCCAGCAGAUCCCCUACACUGCUCCUGAGCAGGACAGACUCGCAGAGCUGAUAAAAGCCUUAAAAGAUCUACCUUCCCAGACAAAAACUGUCUACAUGGCGUCAUGGGAUCAGACCUUUGACUUGUGGGGAGAUUUGCCGAUGCUAGGUCCAACGUUCAGGGAAAUAUAUGAUCGUAUGGUAUCUCUGACUGAUGAGGAGGAGCGUGGACAUUGGCAGAGCUUGAAUGCUUAUGCUGCUCGCUUGACUAGAGAUGGCUCUGCUGAUUUGAUUCUCUUCGCAAAAUAUGCGAUCAAAGGGAUGUUAGCAGAAGAUUUGGAGCAAGGGCUCGUCGAUGAUUCCCCCAGAUCUAUUCUGAUCAUCGCUCAUCCAGCAUAUGAGACUGUAGAUUGGAAACUUCCUCCCACAACCUCGGGACGGGCCCUGGUGGCUCAGAACAGGCGCGGUGGUCCGUUCAACCUCAACUACGAGAUCCAUGGCACAGGACCCGUGAAGCUAGUUUGGAUUAUGGGCCUAAAUGCCGUCCUGAAAGACUGGAAGCGCCAAACCAAGUACUUCGGCCACCUCAACGGCUCGAAGUACUCCUGUCUGGUGUUCGAUAAUCGCGGGAUUGGCCAAUCCGACAAACCCACCUGCUUCUACUCCACAAGCGAGAUGGCCCGCGAUGCCGUGGAUCUGGUCAGCUCGCUGGGCUGGAUCGACCUGAAAGCUCCCGCGACACGCGCUAUCCACGUCAUCGGCGCCAGCAUGGGCGGCAUGAUCGCCCAGGAGGUCGCGAUGCUCAUCCCGGACCGACUCGCCAGCCUGACGCUCUGCUGUACAGCUCCGCGCCUCGUACGCACAACGCCCUUCUUUGAGAACUUGCAGCAGCGCGCGAGCAUGUUCAUCCCGCGGCAUGUGGACGUGGAGAUCGACCGCAUCGCGGCGACGCUGUUUGCGAGUGAGUUCCUGGUGCAGCCAGAUACGGAGAAUGAGGACCCUGCGUUGAAUUUUCCGACGAAGAGGGAUCGCUUUGCGGCCGGGCAUUUGAGGAAGAAGGCGGAUACGGUGUCGUAUACGCCCAAGGGUUUCUUGUUGCAAGUGACUGCGUGUUAUUUUCACCAUAAGUCUCCGGAGCAGUUGAGGGCAUUGGGGGAUGCGGUGGGCAGAGAGCGGAUUGCUGUUUUGCAUGGGACAGAGGAUCGAAUGCUUACGUUCCGUCAUGGGGAGAUUUUGAAGGAGGAGAUUGGUGAGGGGAUUACAUGGAAGGUUUUUGAAGGCGCCGGGCAUAUGUUGGGGUGGGAGACGGAGCAUGAGCUGAACCGGUCGAUACAGGAAUUGGUGGACCGAUUUAGUUGA